GGCAGACGUUUCCAAGUUGCUAACUGCUCAAAGCCUGCCCCUGUUCUCCAGUCAUGAGCUGUACCUGGACAGCCUUUCUUCUGCUGAAGGUGUUUGUUUCUUGUCUCGGCUUCAACUUGGAUGCGGAGAAGCCGACACGUUUCCACAUGGAUGGCGCUGAGUUCGGACACAGUGUGGUCCAGUAUGGUGGCUCCUGGGUGGUGGUUGGCGCGCCAAAGGAAAUAAAAGCCACCAACCAAAUAGGUGGCCUCUACAAAUGUGGCUAUCAGACAGGCAUGUGUGAGUCCAUCUCCCUCCAGGUGCCCCCAGAGGCUGUGAACAUGUCCCUGGGUCUGUCCCUCACUGCCACCAACCCUUCCUGGCUGUUGGCUUGUGGUCCUACUGUGCAUCACAUAUGCAGAGAGAAUACAUACUUGACAGGGCUCUGCUUUCUACUGGACUCAUCAUUCAGGCAGAACCAGAACUUCCCAGCUGCACAGCAGGAGUGUCCAAGGCAAGACCAGGACAUUGUGUUCUUGAUUGAUGGCUCGGGUAGCAUCACUUACACAGAUUUUGGAAAAAUGCUGGCCUUUGUUAAAGCUGUGAUGAGCCAACUUCAGCAAUCUAGCACACGGUUCUCCCUGAUGCAGUUCUCCCAUACCUUCUGGAUACAUUUUACUUUCAACGACUUUAUCUCCACGUCAAGCCCUUUAAGUCUGUUGGAUUCUGUUAAUCAGCUGAGAGGGUCCACAAGAACAGCCUCGGCUAUCAAGCAUGUCAUAACAGAGCUGUUCACCACUCAAAAAGGAGCUCGGAAAGAUGCCACGAAGAUCCUCAUUGUCAUCACUGAUGGGAGGAAAGAAGGGGACAGGUUGGAUUAUGGUGAUGUCAUCCCCAUGGCGGAGGCUGCAGGCAUCAUCCGUUAUGCAAUUGGGGUAGGACAGGCCUUUUACCAAGCACAGUCCAGGCAAGAAUUAAAGGACAUUGCGUCGUCGCCUUCCCAUGAAUACGUGUUCAGCGUGGAGAACUUUGAUGCUUUGAAGGACAUUCAGAAUCAGCUGAAGGAGAAGAUCUUUGCCAUCGAAGGUACAGAGACGCCAAGCAGCAGUUCUUUUGAAUUGGAGAUGUCCCAGGAGGGAUUCAGUGCUGUGUUCACACCUGAUGGACCCGUUCUGGGGGCCGUGGGAAGCUUCAGCUGGUCUGGAGGUGCCUUCUUAUAUCCCCCAAAUACGAGACCCACCUUUAUCAACAUGUCUCAGGAGAAUGUGGACAUGAGAGACUCCUACCUGGGUUACUCCACCGAAGUGGCCUUUUGGAAGGGGGUUCACAGCCUGAUCCUGGGGGCCCCGCGUCACCAGCACACGGGGAAGGUUGUCAUCUUUACCCAGGAAGCCAGGCAUUGGAGGCCCAAGUCUGAAGUCAGAGGGACACAGGUUGGUGCUCGGCCCCCAGAUCGGCUCCUACUUGGGGCCUCUCUCUGUUCUGUGGGCGUGGAUAGAGAUGGCAGCACUGACCUGGUCCUGAUCGGAGCCCCCCAUUACUAUGAGCAGACCCGAGGGGGGCAGGUCUCAGUGUGCCCCAUGCCUGGUGUGGGGAGCAGGUGGCAGUGUGAGGCCACCCUCCACGGGGAGCAGGGCCAUCCUUGGGGCCGCUUUGGGGCAGCUCUGACAGUGCUGGGGGACGUGAAUGGGGACGAUCUGGCAGAUGUGGCUAUUGGUGCUCCUGGAGAGGAGGAGAGCAGAGGUGCUGUCUACAUAUUUCAUGGAGCCUCGAGACUGGAGAUCUCGCCCUCGCCCAGUCAGAGGAUUUCAGCAUCCCGGAUCUUCUCCACGCUCCAGUAUUUUGGACAGUCACUGAGUGGAGGUCAGGACCUCACCAGGGAUGGACUGGUGGACCUGGCCGUGGGGUCCAAGGGACAUGUGCUGCUGCUAAGGACCAGACCGAUCCUUAGGAUGUCGUCAACCAUUCACUUCACACCUACAGAGAUUUCCAGGUCUGUGUUUGAGUGUCAGGAACAGGUGACCCGUGAGCAGAGACUGGGUAAUGCCACUGUCUGCCUUCGUAUUUAUGAAAGCUCCAAGACCCAGCGACGUGACCUCCAAAGUAUUGUCACCUUCGACCUGGCCCUAGAUCCUGGCCGCCUGAGUCCCCGGGCCAUCUUCGAGGAGACAAAGACACAGGCGCUGACUAAAGUUAGAACCCUCGGUCUGAGCAGUCACUGUGAACCUGUGAAGCUGCUUCUCCCGGCCUGUGUGGAGGACUCAGUGACUCCUAUCACUUUGCGUCUCAACUUCUCUCUUGUCGGAGUGCCCAUCCGUUCCUUACAAAACCUCCAACCCAUGCUGGCUGUAGAUGAGCAAACAUACUUCACGGCCUCUCUUCCCUUUGAGAAGAAUUGCGGAGCUGACCACAUCUGUCAGGAUGACCUUGGCAUCAUAUUUGGCUUCCCAGACUUGAAGACCCUGGUGGUGGGAAGUAACCUGGAGCUGAGUGUAGCUGUGACAGUGACUAACGAUGGGGAAGAUUCCUAUGGAACCACGAUCACUCUGUUCUACCCAGUGGGUCUGUCCUUCAGACGAGUCGCAGAAGCCCAAGUGUUCCUUCGGACGGAAGAUACCCAGCAGUGGCAGCAGUACGGCCGGCAUUCCCUGCACCUCAUGUGUGACAGCACCCCAGACAGGAGUCAGGGCAUCUGGAGCACCAGCUGCAGCAGCCGACAUGUCAUUUUCCGGGGAGGCUCACAGAUGACUUUCUUGGUAACUUUUGAUGUCUCCCCCAAAGCUGAGCUGGGAGACAGGCUGCUGCUAAGAGCCAGAGUGAGCAGUGAGAACGGCGUACCUGAGACCAGCAAAACCACCUUCCAGUUGGAGCUCCCAGUAAAGUAUGCUGUGUACACUGUCAUCAGCAGCCACGACCAAUUUACCAAGUAUCUUAACUUCUCAGCCUCAGAAAAGUCGAGGGUCAGUGUGGUGGAACAUAGAUUCCAGGUGAAUAAUCUGGGGCAGAGAGACUUGCCGGUCAGCAUCAACUUUUGGGUGCCCACAGAGCUGAAGGGAGAAACGGUGUGGACAGUGAUGGUCUCCCACCCUCAGAACCCGUCCACCCUAUGCUAUCAGAAUAGACUCAAGCCAACACAAUUUGACUUCCUGACUCACAUGCAGAAGAGUCCCGUGCUGGACUGCUCCAUUGCUGACUGCCUGCACUUCCGCUGUGACAUCCCCUCCUUGGGCAUCCAGGACGAACUUGACUUCAUUGUGAGGGGCAACCUCAGCUUCGGCUGGAUCAGUCAGACAUUGCAGAAAAAGGUGUUGCUCGUGAGUGAGGCUGAAAUCUCUUUCGACACAUCUGUGUACUCCCAGCUGCCAGGACAGGAGGCAUUUCUGAGAGCCCAGGCAAAGACAACGCUGGAGAUGUAUGAAGUUCACAACCCUGUCCCUCUCAUCGUGGGCAGCUCAGUGGGAGGUCUGCUGCUGCUAGCUCUCAUCACAGCCGUACUUUACAAGGCUGGUUUCUUCAAACGUCAGUACAAGGAAAUGUUGGCGGAAGCAAAUGGCCAGUUUGCCUCCGGAAACGGGAACCCAAACUCCCAGGUUACCCAGCAAGAACUUCCCUCUCCAUCUUCUUCGAACCUGCCCUCCUGAGAGGUGUCCCAGGACUUGUACUUUCCCCUAAGUCAGUCCUAACAGCAAAGAAGUGUUGCAGCAGGAAUGCUGGGACCAGGCCAACUUUGCUCUCUGUGUCUUAUCUGGGAAGGGUCACUGUCUGGUCAAAACUUUACCUGGAAACUCAGAGCACAGAGUCUCUGCUAUGGCCAAAGAACUUCUGUAGGAAUUUCUACCUAGGGAUACAUAGGCCGCUCAGUGGCCCCUUGCCUUGCUGGCCACUAAUGAGCUUUCUGUGAUGGAAGUAGCCAUUCAUUGUUGUCUAUUUCCAGUGCCUCCCGUCUGCUUUCAGGACAUUAGAACUGAGUUCUAUCUCAAGGAGGCGAGCGUCAGACACCCUGGGAUGCCCUGUGCUUCUAUGUUAUCCUCGUUUCUAGUGAAGUAUUAACACCAGGUUGUAGCUUUUCUUGGAAACACCUAAUCCCAGCUCCCUCAAACUGAAUUAGCAAGGAAACAUCUGGGCAAUGUAGCUGAUGGGAAUGGAUUUUAGCCACAGUGUUGCUAGCUGGGAAGAACCAUCCUAUUGUCGUAGGAGGGACAUUGCUCUAGAACAGUUCUAGGUCAGAGAAGGCCUAUGCCACUUUGCCCCAUGACUCUUUUUUGGGAAGACGUAAACAAACAUCUGUUUGCCCAUGAUAGACCAAAGAAACUAUUCCACCCAAGUCUUAUCUAGAAAGCAAAUGAGGGAGCUUGCAGCUCAGUUCCAGCUUGGUUCCCCAUGUUUUACAGCCUUCGUGUGGUAUCUUCAGCAGUAGAAACUUCCCAUUGAGCUCUAACAUGCAACUAAGGCAGUGGAAAUAGAUUUUAUGCCUUUGGGGCAGCAGGGAGCUCCUUGACUAGUAACUCAUAAGGAAGUAAACCAUUUUACGGAUCCCUGGAAUGUCUUUUCCAAUAAAUGUAGUGUGUCUUCAUUCAAACGCUUUAA